GUCUCUUGUUACACUUGAAGCUAAAACAAAUUUAAGAGGUUAAAGUCACAGCAAACUUAGUGAGGUAGAGGUUUUAGUUCUAUUUUAAAAUGGCUCUUUGCAUGUUGGAUUACAAUUCAUUCUUUUCAGGAAGAUCAGUAUGCAUGUGGAUGGUGUUCUCUCACUAAGUUUAUCAGAAAAUAAAAUGUGCAAAACCAAAUGUAAUACUGAAAUCUUGAAACAAGAAUGAAAAUAAAAGGGAAAAGAGAAUCUCACUGAUUUUCUGAAUAAGCAGGUUGCAGCACUAUGGGAGGGCUGUGGUGGAUCUGCUGGCUGGACAUGGGCUAUAUGGAAGAGCUCCCAGAUGUGCUUACAUGUGCUCUGACUCGAUUUCUUCCUUCUCACUACUUUAUUCACACGAUUGAUCGUUUCAGCAGUAGGAGGGCUUUGUCUGAAUACUGUUAAGAUUGUGGCUGCAUACAGAGCAGGAGGCACUGAACAAGCAACAGAUGUCAAGCAGAUUUCAGUAGGAAGUCUGGUCUCAUUUUUUCAGGGCUCACAGGCAAGGAGGUUACAUGGUAAGGAUGGGAGGAGUGUAUGUUUGAAGAACUGCUGCUGCAACUCUGAUUUGACCUAUUCCAGAGCUAUAGCAUGCUACUUCUGUAGCAGAGUUGCACACAGUGUGAUGAAAUGGAGAUCGCUGUGAGUCAGGAAGACAAUAAAUUAUAACUGUGUAGCUAUGACAGCUCAGUAGGACCACCUAUGGAUGCAAAAAGCAUUACAUACUUUUAAGAACCCUUGACAUGAGAUAAUUUUUUACCAGUUCAAUGAAAACUUAGUCAAAUGAGCACAUAAAGCUUGGAGAGGAAAAUAUUUCUUUUAUACAGGAGAUAAAACUGCACAGACAAAUGUGUGCUGUCAGCAGAACAAAUUUUAUUUCAAAUGCAGAGCUUUAAGAUUGAAAAUAUAAUCUGUGAGAGUGAAAAUUUUUUUAGGAAGACUUUUCUGUAUAGACAAGCUUUUCAGUAAAGUGUUUAUUAACACACAAAAAUAGCUUUCUGUUUAAAAUACACAGUAUCAAAUUAGAAGCAAAAUUACCAUCAUCAGUGGAGAUUAUAUGCAGCGGUAGGAAUUACCUUGUGUUUUUGUAGUGGAUCUUUCCACAUUAAAAGAUUAAUCUCCCCUCUAAUUUUAGAAUAUAUUCAUUUUAGGUGGACAAGUCUCCAUUUUUCAGAUAGUUCAAAAGUCAUGCAGUAAAAGAUAUUCUGGACCUAAAAUAUGAACAAUAAUACAUGAAUUCUAAUAUCAUAGCACUGUGGUUAUUUUGUAAUGCAUGUAUGAUAAUCAUAACUCUUGGGAGAAGUAUUUUAUACUUUCAUUGCGUACUGGAGCUUUUGUGUAGAUUUUUGUGGGUCAGUCUCAUUAGUCCAAAUAAGCUACUUGAAAUACUUACAGGAUAAACAAAACACUUUCUAAAAACACAAAAAUUCAAUAUUUGGAACCCCCAGAAGUUGAAGAGUUAAUGGUGGGGUUGCACUGGAUUCAAGUUAUUCGCAGAUGUUACUGCAACCAGCUGCUGAUUUUUCUCCCAUCCUGUCAGGGAACUCUGCCAGUCAUGAUUCAUGGAACGAUUUUUUUGCGCUGAGUAAUCUGUGGUUUUUCUUUUUUCCGCUUCCCUCUCCCUUAUUUUUAUCCUGAACUAAAGCAGUGUUCAUUCCAGCUAAAAGGAGGAGAAGCUUCUAAAGCAUUAAUACAAAACAUUAAAUACACUGGGUUCUGGGUGGAGGAGUUGUAACAAGCACUAAACUUAAGUAAUUUUACUUGGUUUUAGGGAGUCUAGUCCAGUGUAGGAAAACAGUUUUAGAACAGAAUCAGCUUUUGAUUUUGCUAGUCAUGUGGUUUCACAGUGCUCUUAAGACUUCUGUACUAGUAUUGCUAAAGAACAUCCAACUUCUGUGCUGAUAUUAUACUUCCUUUCUCACAGAUCGCUCAGAAAGAAAUAAACCAGACUGCCGCUCUUCAGGCCAAGGACCUUUGUCAUCCAUAAGAGCAGCAAUCAAGAGAUCACUCAUGAAUAGUGCACAUCCAAAAUGCCCUGUCGAAGAGCUUCUCGGACCUCUAGCCAUAGUGAUCAACAGAGGGAUAGAAGGCGUCCUGAAAUUACAAUAGUUGCUGCUGAACCCCUCCGGCCAUCCUCCUGGUUUCCAGGUGCAAGUCCUGUCACUCCUCAAGGAUUAGGAUUCCCCUCUGUUUCAUCUCAUGCUCAGUGGAGGAGAAAUGAGCAUUUUCCAGCUGAGCUUCCGCCAUCGUAUGAGCAGGUGAUAAAAGAAAUCAGUCGAGUGCAAGUCAAUACAACAAAUAACAAUAAUGCUGCUGCUUCUAGACAAACCACUACUUCUGCAACACAGACUGACUUUCCAGAGGAACUAAUCAGCCAUUUGCCAGGAAGUAAUGUAAAAACUAGUGUGCCUACAUACUGGGGAUCAAGCUGUCAAGCAGGGCAGAGUCCUCUUAAACCUCCUAGGCCUCCUGCAUCUCUUCUGAGUAACUCUCCUGCAGAAUAUGAGAAUUCUUUAAUAGUCUUGGAAAAUCAUGAAGGUCAGAGAUGCCAAGAAAAUCCCAGUGCUGUGAUGUGUCCUGUGCCAAAGCCGAGAUCAAGAAUCAAUCUCAGACCAGUGGUCAAAAGUACUGAAAGUAAGAUAGACAGUGUUGAAGAAGUGAACCAGUCUACUGCAAAACAGCAUCAACCUCCAAUUCAGCAGUCACCUCUUCUAGAUGAAGACAGCUUACUAGACAAUCACUUGGUGAUGGACAGCAUGAGUACAGAAAGGAGUCAAAAUAGUAUUGUUUCAAGGAUCAAAGUUUUUGAAUCCCAAGGCACUAAUGAUAUCUCAGGAUCAUCCAAAAAGCCAGAAAUUGCCCCUCGUUCAUUUGUCCCAAGACCUGUUACUGCAAAGAAAUCAAUGAUUGUUCCAAAGCCAGGGGUAGGCAGAAUUUCAGAAGAGUGGGAAGCAUGGACUGAAAGCAAAUCAACACCUUCCAAGGAACUGCAGCCUCAGCCUGAAAUAGUUGGGAGCAGUGUUGUAACCAAACCUGAACUGCCAAAGAAGCCAAAGCCUGGACUUCUUAAAAGUAGCAGUAGUGAUUUUCUUGAUACAAAGAGUAGAUCAGUUGCAGAAAGCAGCGAUGGACAGAAGAGAUUUCCUGUUCCUGCUCCAAGACCUCUUGUUCCUAAAAAGUCAUGUUACUCAGAAGAUCCUGUCCUUUCUUUGGCCUCACUAAAACCAGUUGCUGCUCCUCCACGGCCUUCUCUGUCUGCCCAAGAAAAUGUUUUAAUGUCUCAGGGGGAAUUGUCCCCUGCAGCCAACUCCUCGGCACCUGCUUUACAAAAUAAACUAGAUGUGGAAGGAGAUCUGAUCAGUUUUGAUGAGGAUGUUCUGCUGCUAAGUCCAGCUUCUGUAGUUAAAGAUGACAUCAGUUCUGAAGCUGCAGCAGAUCCAUUUCAGUUCCUUACCAAAAAUGAACCUGCCAAGAAACAGAUGGCUCAACCAGCUCUAGCUCGGAAACCCACUGUGAUCCGAAUCCCAGCUAAACCUGGGAAAUCUUUAAAUGUCAUCCCACAUGGCCCUCCAUCACUUCCUGCUGAAAAGCCUAUUGGGAACACAUCCAAUAUCACAGUGGGAAAACUCAACAGUGGUGACCUAGUGAAAAAAGGGGAGUUGAGUCACUCAGAACAGUGUGGAGUGCCUCAGCUAGAACCUCUACUACCCCCAAGGCCUGUGGAUGGAAAAAUUAUACCUGGUCGACCUCCCCCACCUAAAAGUGUUCCUGGAAGGCCACCUCCACCAAAAUUCUCUGCAGCCAAGACCUCCUCCCAGAAGGAUGUUCUUUCGCAAUCUAGUUCUGACAUUGCUGCUGAUAAAAAAAACAGCAAGUUCAGGUUGGGACCCAAGAGAGCAAAAAGUGCAGUCUUUAAAAAUCCAGAUCCAGCAUUACCUCCUCGACCUAAACCGGGUCAUCCUCUCUACAAUAAAUACAUGCUACCUGUGCCUCAUGGAGUUGCCAAGGAAGGUUGUCUUUCUGGGAACACUGGAGAACUGUCCUGUAAGGAUUCAAACCACCCUCCAAAAGUUUCUGACACAAGUGCACCUCAUGCUGUAGUCCUGCAUGAUUUUCCCGCAGAGCAUGCUGAUGACUUGGGCCUUCAUUCUGGAGACACUGUUUGUCUUUUGGAGAAAAUAGAUACCGAAUGGUAUAGAGGAAAAUGUGGGAAUCGCACAGGGAUAUUUCCUGCCAACUUUGUUAAAGUGGUUAUUGAUGUUCCAGAAGAAACCGACAAGAAAAAAAUACCCUCUUCAUCACAAUGUAUCAAAGGUCCAAGAUGUGUAGCACGAUUUGAAUACAUUGGCGAUCAGAAAGAUGAGCUCAGUUUUUCAGAAGGUGAAACUAUUAUCCUGAAAGAAUAUGUAAAUGAAGAGUGGGCCAAAGGAGAGCUCAGAGACACGUCUGGAAUUUUCCCCUUGAACUUUGUGGAAGUAAUUGAGGAUCUGCCUGGAACAGGUACAGAAACAGCACUGAAGAAUAAAGUAGAGGUUUCGUCUUCCCUUUCUCAGAACAACAGGCAUGCAGUAGAGUGGUGUGAAGCGCUUCAUGAUUUUACAGCAGAAACCAAAGAUGAUUUAUCCUUCAAAAAGGGAGACUACAUCCAAAUACUGGAACAAGUAGAUUUGGAGUGGUGUAGAGGAAGACUGAAUGGAAGGGAAGGAAUUUUCCCAGCAGUUUUUGUUCAGACCUGCUCAGCUAGGGUAGAGCUGUCACAGCCUGGAGGAGGGAAGAAAGGAAUAGCCAAAGCUCUUUAUGCUUUUCAUGGAGAAAAUGAAGAUGAGCUUUCCUUCAAAGCAGGUGACAUGAUAACAGAGCUGGAAUAUGUAGAUGAGGACUGGAUGAGUGGAGAGAUAGUAGGAAAGUCUGGGAUAUUUCCCAAGAGCUUUGUUCAGAUCUUAAAAACACCAUGAAGUGUUGCCUUUGUA